CGCAUUCGCCGCCCCGCUGCGCCUCGAGCCGCCGCUCCCCGAGCGCGGCCCGCGCGGCCGGGAUGCUGGGGGGCCAGCAGCAGCUGCAGCCCCUCGCGCUGCCCCCGCACCUCCAGCAGCAGCAGCACCACUACUACCGGCGCCAGCAGCACUACAGCACGCUGCCCGCCCCCCGCCGGCCCUGCCGCGAGCCCCCGCCGUGUCCCGAGCCGCCGCCGUGCCCGGAGACCCCGCCGUGCCGCGAGCCGCCCGCCUGCCCGGAGCCGCCGCUCCCGCCGCCCUGCUUCGAGCCGCCGGCCCCGCAGCGCCAGGAGAGCGGCCCGGCGUUCGACCGGGUGCGGACCUACGGUCCCGGCUGCCGGCGGGUCGGCUCGUCCUGCUCGUCCCGCGCCGCCUCGCCGCUGGAGUGCUCGCACGGCCACCAGCAGCUCAGCGCCGGCUGCCAGCCGCCGCCGCAGGGCACUAUUCGAAGGAUUAUCAUAGAGAAUCCUGAGCAGGAGCCAUUAUCCCCGUUUCUUAGAGGGGGGAAUUUCUGUCCUGGAAAUAAUGUCAUCUAUGAAAAGACAAUAAGAAAAUAUGAACUAUUAAAUCCCCACCAAGAGAAGCAGUACCAAUUUUCCCACCAGUGUCAGGUUCCGCAGCCGUCUGAUCAGUGCCGUGCCUUCCAGCCCUGCCAGCAGCCUGAGCAGCCCCCAGUCACACACCAGUGCCAGCAAACACAGACCAGCAGCCCCUGUGAAGUAUUGCCUGUCUCUGUGACCGAUGACUGCAGAGGAAAUACAGUGAGGAGGGUGACAGUUCAAACCUGCGAACAGGAGAAUAAUGACCAGCUGGACUGCCGCUACUUUGGUGAGCUCCUUGCUGAACUGAACCGCAAGACCAACGACCUGUACAGCUGUUUACUACAGCAUGUGGAAAAGAUAGGAGGAAGGAACCACGACAUCGAAUUUACGAGUCAGACUGAAGAUAUUGAAGAAUUAAUUCCCAAAGGACUGUCUGAGGCAACAAAGCAGCAGAUUCGUUAUCUCCUGCAGAUGAGAGUGACAUCAGAUAAAUCUUUGAGACUUGUGCUUUCCACUUUCAAAAACUUACGUGAAGAGCUUUGCCAUUUACAGGAUGACUUGGGGAAGCUAGAAACUGACAACGUCUUACUUAAGAAGGAUUUGGCUUUUAAAGAAACCCAAGUAAAAGAAUAUGAAACUAUGUUGUGUUCUCUGAGAGAGAAUAAUCGUCAGCAGCAGCAAGGACUCAGAGAGAGUACUGCCAGGUGUCGGUCUCUGGAAGAACAGCUGCUUUCUCUUCGUCUCAGUGAGGGAGAAAAGGAUUGUCAGUUAAAGGAACUGGAAUGCUCAAAGCGUGCCUUGGACCAAGAGAUCCAGAGUCUUAAGCUACAGAUCUGCUCCAGUCCAACAGUUCAGACUACCACAGAUGAACUCUCCAGCCGUUACGUGGAGAUGAUCAAUAACUUGAGAGAGGAUAAAGACCGUGAGAUCCGCAGUCUUAGGUCUCAGUUGUGCCAAUUCCAGCAAGAUAUAUCAAGGCAAGAAGGGAACAACAGUGACUUGCAAAUAAAGCUGCACGAACUGACAGCGAUGCUGGAGGAGAAAGAUGUCUGUAUUAAACAACAGCAAGAGGAACUCUUCAGACUCAAGCAUGAGAGAGUAUCGAGCAGUCAGUCCCCUGGUGUAACAGCUGUCAUCACGAAGAAGUACAGGAAUCAGUAUCCUAUCCUGGGUCUUUUGUCUGAUGACUACAAGGUUACAUCACCUGUCAACAAAUCACAAACUAUUGUAAUUGAGAGGACUGGAGAGAUAUGGAAACACGAAUGAAAGAAAUCCCUCAGCCAUCCAAGGUGGUCAAAGGAGUCCACAACAAACACCUAAAAUUGCUUUCUUUUCUGCUUUUUUUUUUUUUUUUUUUGCAUCAGUAAAAGGUUUGGUCUGAUAGUGAGAGAAAGGCCAGGGAAGAAAUUAAGAACAUGAAAGCAUGAAGGCAAUGCAAGACAGUGUCUUGUCCUCAUCAUAACAAACUGAGGUACCUGUGUCCGUAACCUGCUGCUAACAUCUGUGCACAAAUGUUACUCGUACUGUUUCAUGCACUUACUUUUCUCUCAGAAGAGAAGGGCAUCCCAUGCUGGUGAGGACUUUGGUUUUUCCUGACUUGCCCACCAUCUGUUCUUCAGUCACUCUUCAGCAAUCUGAAAGACAAAAGUAAGAACUCUGAAACAUUUUUGUUUCCUUUUCAUAGCAUUAUCCGUGUUUUUUCUCUCCUGUCUGCUUGUGAUUGAGAAGUGAGUGAUACAAAUCUAACUCACACACACACACGGAAUGGUUGGUUUCAGUACAGACAGAUUCACAGAUUGUCACUUCAUCUACUGCAGCCUGUUCAAGAUUAAGUAAAACCCGGUAAGAACUGUCAUGGGGAAUGUUACUUACGUUACAUCUGCCUGUCCAAAACUAAACCACAAAGGAAAAUGACUUCAUUUGUUCCAGAAAUACUAAACAUAGCUAUUGAAUUAGUAGAUGACUUAAUUUGGGCUGAUGCCAAUUUUGUAGAAUGUUACUGACAUCAGAAUUAACGUAUUUCAGCUACACCUCUGGAAGCCCCCAAACCAGCCACAACUAUUUAUUUUGCUGUGUUUGAAAACAUCAAGAUCUCAUUAUACUUUUAUAUAGAAAAACUUAGCUCAUAGAGUCUAUUUUAUUAUCAGACCGACCUAUUAUUUACAGCUUUUUGCUCCAGGCAAGACUAUGGGAAUUCUCUCAGCUGAUUUGGUACAAAUAAUUAAACUGCUUUGGUAUAAAUAAUUAUGUAGCUGUCUAACCAACACAGUGUGUUAGGUGAGCGGGAGAAGUACUAAGAGAAAAUCAUAGCAGAAAGCUUUACGCAAUCAGAAGGUGCUGCUGUAUCACAGGGUUCUUGCUUUGCUCUUUUUCAUGGAAUCAUAGAAUGUUUCUGCAGACACGUACUUCUGUUCGCAAAUAAUAUACAGCAUAGACACUGUUCAAUGGUGAAAGAACCCUGUUGGCAAUGUAUGUUAAAUAAAUAUAACUUUCUGAAUCA